GGGUGGUGCUUGACCUUACCGCUUCACCCGCUCUCGAAUAGGAUCGCUUUCAUACACCCCUCAGACAGCAAAUUCCUGCGUGCGCUGGCAUUUGUUGCAUCUCUGUUUCACCUUCGCCAUGUCUGCCACCGGCACGUACAGGAGCACGCCCAAGGCCCGGGGACAGGUCCCUUUUACCAACAGUCCCUCGGGCAUCCCUCGACCAGCCCUCGAGUCCCACACAACCCAGAGCGAUGCCGGCACGUCAACUCUCAGUGCUAGUCGGCAGAAGCAGACCAAGAGAGAUGAGGCCAUCCGGAGAAAGAUUGAGACGGACCUCAAUAAAAAGAAGAACCCGUCAGGACGCGUCCGUCCCACGCGAAAAGCACCUCCAGGAACCGUCCUUGCCCUAAAACCGAGUCCUGCCCUUCAGAUCAAACCCUCGACUACUGUUGCGGAAGCCGCCCAAUUGAUGGCAGCGAAGCGUGAAGACUGCGUUCUUGUGACAGACGACGAUGACCGGAUUGCGGGAAUAUUCACAGCAAAGGAUCUUGCCUUUCGAGUUGUCGGGGCUGGUAUAAGGGCUCGUGACAUUACUAUUGAAGAGAUCAUGACCAAGAACCCCCUCUGCGCCAAAACAGACACCAGUGCAACCGAUGCCCUGGACCUCAUGGUCCGGAAAGGAUUCCGCCAUCUCCCUGUAAUGGACGAGAACCACGAUAUCUCUGGCAUUCUGGAUAUUACGAAGUGCUUCUACGACGCUAUGGAGAAGCUGGAGCGAGCAUACAGUUCGUCUCGGAAGCUCUACGAUGCUCUCGAGGGCGUACAGGCCGAACUCGGCUCAAGCCAGCCGCAACAGAUCAUACAAUAUGUAGAAGCUAUCCGAAUGAAGAUGUCUGGGCCAACAUUGGAGUCCGUCCUGAAUGGACUACCACCAGUGACGGUAUCUGUACGAACAUCAGUCAAAGAAGCAGCUACGCUCAUGAAGGAGAACCACACGACGGCGGUGCUUGUUCAAGAUCAAGGUUCCAUUACCGGAAUUUUCACAAGCAAGGACGUGGUUUUACGUGUCAUUGCUGCUGGCCUUGAUCCGGCAACCUGCAGUGUGGUUAGGGUGAUGACGCCUCAUCCAGAUUUCGCCCCCAUGGACAUGAGCAUUCAAGCAGCUCUAAGGAAAAUGCACGAUGGCCAUUACCUUAAUCUUCCCGUAAUGAGCGAAGCGGGCGAGAUAGUCGGCAUGGUAGACGUCCUAAAGCUCACUUAUGCGACACUGGAUCAGAUCAACAAUAUUGGCACACAAGGAGACAGCGAAGGUCCUGCCUGGAACAAGUUCUGGCUGUCACUCGACAAUGAGACCGAGUCCAUGAUGUCUGGCGAAGGGGGUAGCCGAUUGCCUCACACGCCCGACGCCCGAUCGCUGAUGUCGCCGGAUCUGUCGCGUCCAGGCCAUAUGGAUCGUGGAGACAGCGUGCUGCCCAAUGAUUCUGCGUCUCAUCAUGGAGAUUCCCCUGAGCACUCGGCUUUCGCUGGUGCCCAGGCCAUCGCGCAGGAGGAUACACCAUUCCCGUUUAAGUUCAAGGCGCCCAGUGGUCGGGUCCAUCGACUCCAGGUCACCUCAUCUGGAGGAAUCGAAGACCUUAUCUCCCGCGUUGGCAGCAAGCUAGGCGCGGAGGUCGAUGCCAUUGGCGGUCUCCCAACUUUUGAGGAGGGCAAGCUUUCCAAGUCGGGAUUCGCUCUCAGCUACCUCGACAACGAUGGCGACACUGUGUCCAUCACCACCGACCAGGAUCUGGCCGAAGCAAUUGAUCUCUCCAUUGCGGCUCACCGAGACAAAGUGGAUCUCUUUGUUCAUGACCCUGAGAAGGCACCUAUUCAGGUCGUAGCUGAGCCGCAGCCUGCAUUAGCCAAGCCACCGACUCCCCCGGAGUCGGUAAUGAAGGAGCGCAAGAAAUUCUUCGACGAAGAAGAGGAGGCUGCCGAGCGCCAUGCCAGACACCAAGCCUCUGCACCAACUAAGCCAGAAGAGGUCAUUGCGGGUGUGCCAAACGAGCUCCUCCUACCCGGUGCCAUCGUGACGCUGGCAGUCGUGAUUGUGGCCGUCUUCGCGCUUGGCCGCGCCUCGAGCCGGUAGCGUUGUGGAGGUGAAUUCGUCUUGUGAUAUUCCAGUAGUGGCUAGUUGUUAGAGCGGGUUAUUUGUAAUUUGAUAUCCUAGGCGUGGUAGGUCGGCGGCUCUGGCAGCGAGCAAGGUGUACUCUAGAUCUAUAGUCCCUAAUCAGCCGUGAAUCUCUGUC